CAUUGGGAAUAUUUCCCAAUGCACGGUGUAAAAAGGCUGUGCGAAUGGUGUAAGCACAGUUGUGAGCACUGAAGCCGAUCUCGACAGGGAUGGGCUUGGUAAUGGUAAUCGGCACACGCGAGUUGCAAUUGCAGCUGCCAGGCGAGAGAGAGAGAGAGAUAUGAUAUUGAACGCUGGUACAAUUGUUGUAGCUCGCAGGCCUCCUUGGGGGACGCUCUGCAUGGGAACGAAAAUCAGCAAGACAGAGGAGCUACGAACCCAACUCGACCAGCUUCACACUGAAGCAGAGAAAACAAGGUUCAAAGCAAAUAGUGCAAGGUUAAGGCUCAUAAGGUUGUCAGAGGCAGCAGAGAAGCUUCGGCAACAGGCAGCAAUUGAUGUUCAACUUGGGAAAGAAAAUGAAGCAAGGGAACUUCUUUUUCAAAAAAGGAAGGUUAUGCAAGCAUUGGAGAAGUCAAAGAGCCGCAUUGAGUUACUUGAUCAGCUCUCAGCAAAGCUUAAUGAGGCAAUUUCUUUAAAGGAGACACAGUUAAUUGGUAAUUGUGCCCUGGAUCUUGAAAUUGGCAAGAAAGAUGAUUUGGGUCCGAUUCGCAUUAUCUCCCCAAAGGAGGAUGAUGAAAAAUGUUCAGAUGACAAUGAAGACAACUACAAACCAGUUACUAUGAACCUUAAUGAGGAUCAAGAGCUGCAGUUUCAGGAGUUCCAAGAAAACCUGCCUGUCAAUCAUCAGCAAGAGGAUGAUGAAGAAAGGAAUCUUAGUAUUGGAAUUUGGAAGAAAGAGGACAUGAUUAGUAGCUUGCAAGGAAUAUCCUCUUAUGAGGACUUCCUGGAACAUCUGGACCAACAGUUCAACAAAAUUGAAUUGGAACUUGCCACAGUUUUAAGGCUCUCAACCUUGGUACUGGAAAAUGGGGAGAAGCCUAGAAAUUCAAAGUGUCAACAAAUCAUGGAUAUUCUUGAGACUGUGUGUGGCAUUAGAGGGAGGAUUGCAAGCAUCAUGCAGAUGAAAGCAGAGAUCAGAUAAAGCUAGAUUGCAAUACAUAUUGUUUGUGCAAGACAGUCGCAGAAGGGAUAUUCUAGAUAUACCAAUUCAUUGAUGGGAGAAGCAUCCUCAAACAGUCAUUUUGUCAUUUUGUGAAGGCUAAAAAGAACAUAACUUAAAUGCAAACAAGCUACUGUUAUGGGGUGAUUCCCGGGAACCAUGAUUAUUGUAAAAAGUGUUAGUUCCAUAUUCUCAGAGUGUUAUCAAAAGCUGGGUGCUUCGUGAAGAGAUCUAAAACCAGUCAUUAGAAUGUUGUAUAUUUUCUUGUGGCAUCCAAGAGUACAUGUUUUAAAUUUAUGACUGAUGCUUGCCUAUUACAGGUAAUGCCAGAAAAGCUAUGCUUACUCGUAUCUAAGAUCUGGUUGAGUACUACGCUUCAGAUGA